AUGUCAUUGAAAAGCUUUGAUAUAGGACAUGGUAUUGGUAAGGGACAGUUUGGCCGUGUUUACAUUGCAAGGAAAAAAAUAAGUGGCUAUAUAGUAGCCUUAAAGGUGCUAUCUAUUGGGGAACUAAUUAAAGUAAACGCUGAAAGACAAUUGAGACGCGAAGUAGAGAUACAGAUGAAUCUAAGGCAUCCAAAUAUUCUUCGACUUCUUGGGUAUUUUCAAGAUGAUAUAUAUUUUGUUCUAAUCCUUGAAUAUGCAGCCAAAGGAGAACUUUAUAAACAACUUGUAAAAUCAGGUAGACUUAAAGAAAAAAAAGCAUCAAGAUAUAUUGCACAAACAGCUAGAGCUUUAAGUUAUAUUUACCAAAAACACGUUAUUCAUCGAGGUAUAAAACCAGAAAACUUGUUGAUAGAUUUGAAUAAUGAGAUCAAGAUUGCAGAUUUUGGAUAG